UGGAUGACACCCACACCCACCAACAGCUUGCCAUCUUCAUUUCCCACUCUCCCUUUGACCGCGUGCCCCUUACCCCGCAGGUAUUUCCCGAGGCUUUCAACGAUCCUGCCGCUGAACUUCGGUUCCGACAGCUCGCCUGCUGGGGCGCCACUCCCAGCUCCAUCUCCAUCUCCUUCUACCGCCUUCGCCAGCUCGCACCUGCAACACCAGCAUCGCGGGCACCACUCUAUUCCUCUGAGAUAAACCCUCCAACCGCAAAGCGUCUCGCAAUAUGGUCGGCCUCACCUCAGCCGCCGGCGUUGUCGGCUUCCUUUCGGAACCAGAUCCGGCCUUGCGGUCCUUUGCCCUGCACCGGUUGAACGAGGAAAUUGACCUCCUAUGGCCGGAAGUCGCUGGCUCUGUCAGUCAAAUUGAGGAGCUCUACGAGGAUGAAUCAUUCCCCGAGCGAGAACUUGCGGCCCUCGUCGCCGCAAAGGUCUACUAUCAGCUGCAGGAAUAUAAUGAGAGUAUGGUCUUUGCGCUCGGUGCCGGGAAGCUGUUCGACAUCCACCAUGCUGGGGAGUUCGAAGAGACGAUCUUGGCCAAAUGCUUAGACACAUACAUCGCCUUGUCCGCUAUGCAUAAUCCUCCGACGCCGAUUAGCAGAGCGAACCAGGCCCCUCCCCAGCUAACGACAUCCUUCGAUCGCAACGCCACCGGAGGCGCCAGCACAUCAGCAGGCCUGACAUCUCCGAUAACGCCCUUCUCACAGUCGGCUUUGCCUUCGAAGUCGUUACUCUCUCGCGAGGAUUCGUCGACAUUCGAUCCCAGCCUUCCCGGAGGUGGCAACGCUGGCGUGGCAGGGGCCCACCCCACCCCCCUUGUUCUCCAACGAAACGUACAGAAGAAUCUCCAGGCGACCAUACGGCGAAUAUUCGAGAGCUGUUACGAGAAUGGCGAUUACAAGCAGGUGGUCGGAAUAGCCAUUGAAGCUAGGAAUCUUGAAGUCCUUCGGGAAUGCUUUCUUCAAGCGAGCCAGGAAGAGAAGAAGCAGGGCAAGAGCCCGGCUGGCUCCCCUAGCAAGAGCGAAGAACUGAUGGAAUAUGUUUUGGACAUCUGCAUGAAUGUGGUGCAGGAACGGGGACUAAGAAAUGAGAUCUUGCGCCUCAUUCUCGAUUUGCUGAACGAGAUCCCGAACCCGGACUAUUUCUCGAUUGCGAAAUGUGUCGUCUAUCUCAACCAACAUUCUUUGGCAUCGAACCUCAUUCAACAACUCGUCAAGCGCGGCGACAGCAAGUCGCUCGCUGUCGCUUACCAGAUUUCUUUCGACAUCUACGAGAAUGGCACACAAGAGUUCCUAGCAAAGGUUAUUGAGGAGUUACCAAAGGAGGAGAAAAGCGAGGAGAAGCCCUCGGCCAACGGUGACGCCUCACAGAAAGCUCAGUCCGACGAGGCAGGAGAGACCACAGGACUACUCUCGAACAUCGACACGAGCAACGUCUCUGCCAGUGUCUCACGCGCAAAGCAACCGAGCUCGACAGAUGAGGAAUUGAAAGCUUUCGCAUCUGUGCGUGAGGUGCUUCAGGGCACUAAGAGCAUUGAGCUGAAUCUGGAAUUUCUCUACCGAAACAACCACGCCGACAAGAACAUCUUAAACAAGAUCAGAGACAGCUUGGAGUCUAGAAAUUCCAUCUUCCAUACUGGCGUUACGUUUGCAAAUGCGUUCAUGAAUGCCGGUACCACGAACGACACUUUUUUCCGGGAGAACUUAGAUUGGCUGGGCAAAGCCGUCAACUGGUCCAAGUUUACCGCCACAGCUGCUUUGGGUGUAAUACACCGAGGAAACAUCACCCAAGGUCAGAAGUUGCUCGACCCGUACCUGCCCAAAGAUACCGUAUCGUCUGGUAGUCACUACGAGCAGGGUGGAUCCCUUUACGCUUUAGGUCUGAUCUACUCGAACCAUGGGACCCACGUGCUGGACUACCUUCUGAAGCAAUUCCAAAACGCAUCUGAGGAGGUUAUUCAGCACGGAGGUGCACUUGGAUUGGGUGUCGCCGGUAUGGGCACGGGCUCCGAGGAAAUUUUCGAGGCUUUCAAGGCUAUUCUAUACACCGACUCCGCCAUCAACGGAGAAGCUGUCGGUCUCUCCAUGGGUCUUGUAAUGCUCGGCACUGGUAACAUCAAGGCGCUCGAGGACAUGAUCCAGUAUGCUCACGACACUCAACACGAGAAGAUUGUUCGAGGUCUGGCCAUGGGCAUGGCUUUGAUCAUGUAUGCUCGGGAGGAAGCCGCCGAUGAGCUCAUAAAUGGUCUGCUUGACGAUCCCGACCCAACUCUACGUUAUGGAGGCAUCAUGACCAUCGCCCUUGCAUACUGUGGUACGAGCAGCAACAAAGCGGUGCGCAGGCUGUUGCAUGUUGCUGUUAGCGAUGUCAAUGAUGAUGUCCGCAGGGUGGCAGUCAUGAGCUUAGGCUUUGUGUUGUUCAGGAAACCUGGCAGCGUUCCCCGCAUGGUUGAGCUUCUGGCCGAGUCAUACAACCCCCACGUCCGUUACGGGGCGACUAUGGCUCUUGGCAUUGCUUGCGCAGGCACCGGUCUCGACGAGGCUAUCGACCUCUUGGAGCCGAUGAUGAAGGAUUCGACCGACUUUGUUCGACAAGGUGCUCUGAUCUCUCUCGCCAUGAUCAUGGUCCAGCAAAACGAGGCCAUGAACCCUAAGGUGGCAACAAUCCGCAAGACACUUACCAAGAUCAUCGGCGAUCGCCACGAGGACGCCAUGGCCAAGUUUGGUUGUGCACUUGCUCUUGGUAUCAUCGAUGCUGGUGGCCGGAAUUGCACGAUCGGCCUUCAAACACAAACUGGAAACCUGAACAUGACUGCUAUCGUAGGCAUGGCAGUCUUCACACAGUACUGGUACUGGUUUCCGUUGACCCACUUCCUAUCCCUCAGCUUCACACCCACGGCCAUCAUCGGUGUUGAUCAGGACCUUGAGAUACCGAGCUUCCAAUUCCACAGCAACACCCGACCGAGCAUGUUUGAUUACCCACCCGAGCAGGAGGUCAAGACGGAAGAAGCACCGAAGGCGAUCAAGACUGCGGUUUUGUCAACGACUGCUCAAGACAAGCGACGGAAAGCGGUGAAGGCGCGGCAACAGCGACGAGAAAGCAUGGACGUCGAUCAGUCACCCACAACACCCAAGAUUCCCGCUUCAGAUGACGACAAGAUGGACAUAGACGAGGAGAAGAAGGACGACAAAGAGAAGGAGGACACACCGGCUGCGGAGACGUUAAAGAAGAAGGCGGAGAAGGAGAAGGUUGGCUACGAUCUCGAGAACAUGUCGCGCGUAUUGCCUGGUCAGGUGAAGUACAUUAGCUUCCCUGAAGAGCGAUAUGUUCCCGUGAAGAAGCCUACUGGAGGCGUCAUACUUGUCCACGACACCAAGCCUUCAGAGCCGAAGAGCUUGCUCGAGCUUAAGGUGAAGAAGGCGGCGCCGGCUGCCGUACCCGGUGCAGCAGGCCCAUCAGGCGACGAUGCACCCGCGGGGGUACAAGCUGGUCCUGAAGCAGAAGAUGUAGACGACAACCUGGUAGAGGAAGGAGACGCAGAGGCACCGGUGCCUGGGGAGUUCGAGUACAUUUCAGACACUGGCGAAGGCGACGACGACUAGGUAUUGGUCGAGAACCAGUGAAUGUUUUGUACCAUUAUCUUUGAGCAGCUGUUCGCCUUGUAUGAGUUCAGGCACUGGGAGGCAGGAGAGUGGUGUUCUGCCCGCCCAUUUAGACUUGAUUGAGCAAUGUAUAUUAGCCAAUGCGGUCUACGUGCCAUCAUAUAUCUUCUGCUGCUUGUGACC